AGUGGCGGCCAAUACCAACCAAACCCAUUUCUUUAAAAACCACUACUUCAUUCCUUUGACUUCACCCUCUCUAAUUCCUUUUUCUUUUCAACUUAUUCAUCUUUUUCUAUCAUCGUCCUCUUUGAAUUUUCACUUCCAGAAACAGCUACAUAAUUGGGUUUUGGUUCCUUUGAUUAGAACUUGAGGAGGAGGGAGAGGGAGAUAUGACAAUGCCAUGGGCGUUGACUCUCUGGAUGGUAAAGAUGGUAUGGCUUGCACUCAGUGGAUGGGUCUCUUCUUGCUUGACAGUUGCUGAUGAGGUUGCUGGCUCUCUUAGAACUGGAGAUAUUGGCCCCUUUCAUGUUGGCUGAUUCAAUUCUUUCAAUUUCGUUCUCCUUCACAGGCCUGUAUAAUGAAUUCUAAAGCUUGUCAGUGGACACACACACCCCUUGCUCAUAUCUCUGACCUUUUGGUCAUAUUCUGUUUGUAAUUCUAGGUAUUUGCUUCAUGUUUUGGAAGGCUUAAAAGUAAUGUGCCAAAGUACCCUUAUAUUAAAGGGACUAAUCUUAUUGAAGUUAAUAUUUGUUGUAUAUAGAAGAAGUAAGAACUUGCCAAGAAAAAUAGAGUACAAAAGUUUUGGCUAAUUACGAAUGAAAUCCAAAAGGUUCUUUUCCAGUUGUGGCCAAUUGCUUUUAAAAAUUAUUAAUAGCAAUCAUGACGUUGAAUAAUGGGAACUAAUUGUAGUCACCAGUCUUUUUAUUUUUCCCUCUCAAAAAUUAAGGUUUUCGCUUUCCCUACAUUUUCCUUUAGCACGUAACAAGGAUCACAGAGAUAACAUGUUCCAGGGAGAAAGAUUGACCUUCAGCUACGAGUGGUUAAGUUAUUGAAAUUCAUUCCCACUAUUGAUAAAUUUUUAUAGAAUUGCUGUACUUUUGGAUUUUAUUGUUCAUCAGCCCUAGUCUUUUCAGUAGCUGUUCAUUGUUGAGAUAUGGUUUUAGCAGAUAACUCAUUUCGUACUUUCAGUAUUGCAAAUUCAGGCAAUUUGUUUCCUAGUUAAUCAGAUGAAUAUGAUUAUUAUAGGAGUGGUUUAUUACCCUUUUAUAUGGAUUAGUCAGCAAUGCAUGAUUAGUGAUAGUGUGCCUUUAGAGGUGGAUAUGGCAACUUGGUUCAGGAGUUGGCUAAUAGAAAUAGAUGGUGGCUAUAAAAUGGUUUUAAGAAUGGGAACUUCGCAGCUCAGAGCAGACGGUUAAUCUAGAUAUUUCGCAUUCUAUUGGCCUCGCAUUUGCUUGACCAUGUAUAGUGUCCUUAGAGAAUGUUUGGCUUAACUUAUAAAAAUUAGCUUAUAUAAACUAAUUUAAGUUUAUAAACAUUUAAAAUUUUAAGGAAUUGCAUGUUUGGUUAAAGUGCUUAUUAGUUGCUAAUAAUAAGUUAAUAUAUUGGUAAAAAGUAGUUUAUGAGCACAUUUAUUGUUAAAAUUACUAUAAAAAGGUAUUAAAUGAUGUAUGUGGUGAAAUUUAAAAUUAAAUGAGGGUAAUAUAGUAAAGUAAUUGGUCAAACUCGCCUAUGCACAUAAGUAUCAAAAUGAAAAAUUGGAUGUUUGCAGUUUUUUUUUUUUUAGCUU